AUGAAAAAGGAGUAUUUGAGUUCUGACACAACAUGUCAAGCUAAUGAGAAUGAAGAUGUACAACAAGAGUGGUUCACAUCAGAGUUCCUAAAUGACAUCAAAUGUUCGGGACUAUCCAAUCACAAGUUGACUUUAAAGGCAAGAGUCGCUGUAAUGCUACUACGAAACAUAGACCAGAUUUCAGGUUUAUACAAUGGGACAAGAUUAAUAAUUAACGAACUUGGCAGCAAUAUAAUUGGAGCGACGGUAGUGACCGUUAGAAAUAUUAGAGAUAAAGUGUACAUUCCAAGAAUGAAUUUGAUCCCUUCAGAUUAA